AAAAUCAUAGGUGGGGGAAAUGUCUGUACCAAGAUUCCAAAAAAUAAACUUUGGAGCAUAUGAUAAUUACGUUCCAGUCAGUGAAUUAAGCAAAAAAUCAUGGAAUCAGCAACACUUUGCCCUGGUAUUUCCCAAACCACCAAGGCCAGGAAAAAGAAGGAGAUCAAAACCUUCCCAACUACGAGAAGAUACAGGUCCAAACUAUGAUGCAGAGAAGUUAAGGGGAGAUCGUAAACCACCUUUAUGGAUGCACCGUUCUUUAAUGAGAAUUUCUGAGAGACCAUCUGUUUAUUUAGCUGCCAGGAGUCAGCCUCCCCAGAAAGCAACUCGUUCCUCCAAGGAAGAUUCUAAAACAGCAGCAAAACCUUCAUCUCCGAUGCUUAAGAAAAGUCAAGAAGACAAGGACAAAUCAGAUUCAGAAGCAGAGCCCACAGUUUCAAAGGAAAAAUCCAGGAAACUUUCAAAGAAAGAACCAGAAGCUAAAGAAGAGAAACCAGAUGAAAAGAAAGAUUUAAAAAAAGAGAGAAAAUAUUCAAAGAAGGGUAAGGAAUCAGCGACAGAAUCUGAAGAUGAAAAAGCGGGUGCAGAGAAAGAUUCUAAAAAAGAUAAGAAGGGGUCAAAGAAGGGCAAGGAGUCUCCUUCAGAUUCAGGAGGUGAAAAAGGAGAUGCAAAGAAAGAUUCUAAAAAAGAUAAGAAGGGGUCAAAGAAGGGCAAGGAAUCUCCUUCAGAAUCAGAAGGUGAAAAGGGAGAUGCAAAGAAAGAUGACAAAAAAGAUAAGAAAGGUUCAAAGAAGGGCAAGGAAUCUGCUACAGAAUCAGAAGGUGAAAAAGGAGAUGCAAAGAAAGAUUCCAAAAAAGAUAAAGAUAAGAAAGGUUCAAAGAAGGGCAAGGAGCCUGAUUCAAAGGAAGAAGGUGAAAAAGGAGAUGCAAAGAAAGAUGACAAAAAAGAUAAGAAAGGUUCAAAGAAGGGCAAAGAGUCUGCUACAGAAUCGGAAGGUGAAAAGAAAGAUUCAAAGAAGGAUAAGGAAGGGAAAAAAGAUGCAAAGAAAGCAGGUGAGAAAGGUGAUGAAUCAAAGGAAAAGAAAGAUUCAAAGAAGAAGGAUAGUAAAAAAGAAAAGAAAGAUGAGAAGAAGCCUGGUGAGGCAGAAAGUGAACCAAAGGAUGCAGCCAAGAAGGAUGCCAAGAAGGAUGCCAAGAAGGAUGCCAAGAAGGAUGCCAAGAAAGAUGCCAAGAAAGAUGCCAAAAAGGGAAAGUAG